UUUGCAGAAGUAGCUCUGCCCUGUCUCACUCCAGUGUCUCGGAAACUCAGUUAAGAAACAAAACUGAGGGAAAUAGAUGGGCUCUGCUUUGCUCUCUGCCGCCUUCCUGGACCUGACGGAGUGAAUGAAAUGACCUGUUCUUUCCAUGUAAAGUGGACUAAAACAUCUACGCGAUGAACACCUGCGCCUUUCUGCUCAUUUUAAGUGUCCAGAUCUACGCUGAUGGCAUCGAGGGGCCAACAGCUGCUGGCUGCACGUUUGAAGAGGACUCAGACCCUAAUCUGUGUGACUUCACUCAAGGGGAGGAGGAUGACUUUGACUGGAUGCUGUUUAGGACGUACAGCGCACCUUCAGCCAGUACCGACCUCCUGAGGGGAUCCUACAUGUUGGUGAACUCUUCUCAGCAUGCUGCCGGCCAUCGAGCGCAGCUGCUGCUGCAGACGCUAAGUGAAAACGACACACACUGCGUCCAGUUCAGUUACUUCCUGUACAGCCGAGAUGGUCACAGUCCCGGGGCCCUGCGAGCAUACGUGCGAGUGAAUGGUGGUCCACUUGGAAGUCCGGUGUGGAACACCUCAGGGUCUCAUGGCAAACAGUGGCACCAGGUGGAGCUGGCAGUAAGCACCUUCUGGCCCAGUGAAUACCAGGUGCUGAUUGAGACAACGGUUUCCAGGGAGCGGAGGGGUUACAUCGGUAUAGAUGACAUCAUGGUGCUCAACUACCCCUGCUAUAAGGCCCCACACUUCUCCAGGCUGGGGGAUGAGGAGGUAAAUGCUGGCCAAAAUGCCUCUUUCCAGUGCGUUGCUGCUAGGAGGGCCUCUGAGGCAGAGAAGUUCCUACUGGAGAGACACAAUGGCGACAUUUUAACAGCGGCCUCAGUCAAGCACUUGAGUCAUCGGCACUUUGUGGUGUCCUUCCAGCUAGAUAACGUUCAGCGCUCAGAUCAGGACCUUUACCGCUGUGUCACUCAGUCCUCCAGGGGCUCAGGGGUGUCCAACUUUGCUGAGCUUGUUGUAAAAGUACCUCCAUCCCCCAUCGCACCGCCUCAGCUGCUGCGUGCCGGCUCCACUUACCUGAUCAUCCAGCUCAACACUAACUCUAUCCUGGGAGAUGGGCCCAUUAUCAGGAAAGAGAUUGAGUACCGUGCCAGUCAGUCCCCGUGGUCAGAGGUACAUGGAGUCAACAUGGUCACCUAUAAACUGUGGCACCUGGAUCCAGACACGGAGUAUCACAUCAGUGUGCUGCUAACUCGACCUGGAGAGGGUGGAACCGGCCCCCCUGGGCCCCCCCUUGUGAGCAGAACUAAGUGUGCAGAGCCCAUGCGUCCGCUGCAAGGCCUCAUCGCCACAGAUAUCCAGUCCAGGCAACUGUCCCUGCAGUGGGAGAAUCUGGCGUUCAACCUGACACGCUGCCACACCUACUCAGUGUCCCUGUGCUACCGCUAUACCAUGGCGGGAGGCGGUGGAGGCCACAACACCACCGUCCGUGAGUGCUUGGCAGUGGAGCACAACGCCUCACGCUUUACGCUUCGUGACCUUCCACCAUACCACAGCAUUCACGUUCGGCUGUCACUGGCAAAUCCAGAGGGGAAGAAGGAAAGCAGAGAGGUCACUUUUCAGACUGAGGAGGACAUUCCCGGAGGCAUAGCACCAGAGUCGCUCACCUUCACCCCUCUUGAUGACAUGAUCUUCCUGAAGUGGGAGGAGCCUGUUGAGCCCAAUGGCCUAAUUACGCAGUAUGAGAUCAGCUACCAGAGCAUUGAGUCGUCGGAUCCAGGCAUCAAUGUACCAGGUCCUAGAAGAACGGUGUCUAAGCUCAAAAACGAGACGUACCAUAUGUUCUCUAACCUCCACCCUGGAACAACAUACCUGAUCUCUGUCCGGGCGCGUACAGCAAAGGGCUUUGGACAAACAGCCCUCACAGAAAUCACCACUAACAUCUCAGCCCCCACGUUUGAUUAUGGAGACAUGCCGUCACCCCUGAGUGAAACAGAGAGCACAAUUACUGUGCUGCUGCGCCCUGCACAGGGCAGAGGAGCACCGGUCAGUACAUACCAGGUGGUGGUUGAAGAGGAAACUGUGAAGAAAGUAAAGAGGGAGCUUGGACUUCAGGAGUGCUUCCCAUUGCCCAUGUCUCAUGGUGAAGCACAGGCCCGGGGUACACCGCACUACUACACAGCCGAGCUGCCGCCCAGCAGCCUGCCAGAGGCCAGUCCCUUCACUGUGGGAGACAACCACACAUACAACGGCUACUGGAACAGCCCAUUGGACCCGCGCAAAAGCUACCUGGUCUACUUCCAGGCUAUGAGCAACUUCAAAGGGGAAUCCAGAAUAAACUGCAUCCGCAUCGCUCGCAAAGCCGCCUGCAAGGAUCACCGUAAAGCCAUGGAGGUGUCUCAGCACACUGAGGAGAUGGGACUGAUCCUGGGCAUCUGCGCUGGAGGUCUGGUGGUCUUGAUCCUCCUGCUUGGUGCCGUCAUCAUCGUCAUUAAGAAAGGAAGGGACCACUACUCUUAUUAUCCGAAACCAGUAAACAAGACUCCUAUUACCUACCGGCAGGAAAAGAGCCAUAUGGGCUCCUUGGAGCACAGUUUCACAGACCAGAGCACCCUGCAGGAGGAUGAAAGAUUGGCUCUUUCCUUCAUGGAUUCACAUACGUGUGGAACACGAAGUGAUGCUCGUAGUUCAGUGAACGAGGCCAGCAGCCUGCUAGGGGGCUCCCCGAGGCACCAGUGCGGGCGUAAAGGCUCCCCCUACCACACAGGACAGCUCCACCCCGCAGUCCGAGUGGCCGACCUUCUCCAGCACAUCAACCAGAUGAAGACCGCCGAGGGCUAUGGCUUUAAACAGGAAUAUGAGAGCUUUUUCGAUGGCUGGGACUGCACUAAAAAGAAGGACAAAACUAAAGGGAGGCACGACACCUUGCUGGGAUAUGAUCGUCACCGAGUAAAGCUCCACCCUCUGCUGGGAGAUCUAAACUCAGACUAUAUCAACGCUAACUACAUUGACAUUCGGAUUAACAGGGAAGGCUACCAUCGAUCCAACCACUUCAUCGCCACUCAGGGGCCCAAGCAGGAGACCCUGUAUGAUUUUUGGAGGAUGGUGUGGCAGGAAAACUGCUUCAGCAUCGUCAUGAUCACUAAGCUGGUGGAGGUUGGCAGGGUCAAGUGCUGUAAAUACUGGCCUGAUGACAGCGAGAUGUAUGGGGAUAUUAAAAUCACUCUACUUAAGGCAGAAACUCUGGCCGAAUACACAGUCCGCACCUUUGCUUUGGAGAGGAGAGGAUACUCAACCAAGCAUGAGGUCCGUCAGUUCCACUUUACCUCCUGGCCUGAACAUGGCGUGCCCUAUCAUGCCACUGGAUUGCUGGCUUUUAUACGAAGGGUAAAAGCCUCUACGCCCCCUGAUGCUGGCCCAGUGGUGGUCCACUGCAGUGCGGGGGCAGGACGCACCGGCUGCUACAUCGUGCUGGAUGUCAUGUUGGACAUGGCCGAGUGCGAAGGUGUGGUGGAUAUCUACAACUGUGUGAAAACCCUCUGCUCUCGACGCAUCAACAUGAUCCAGACAGAGGAGCAGUAUAUCUUUAUCCAUGAUGCCAUUUUAGAGGCCUGUCUGUGCGGAGAGACGGCCAUCUUGGUGAACGAGUUCGCAGUCACUUACAAGGAAAUGCUGAGGGUGGAUUCUCAAAGCAAUUCCUCUCCGCUACGGGAGGAGUUUCAGACACUGAACUCUGUGACUCCCCAUCUGGAUGUGGAAGAGUGCAGCAUCGCUCUGUUGCCCAGAAACCGAGAGAAGAAUCGCAGCAUGGACGUGUUGCCUCCUGAUCGUGCCCUUGCCUUCCUGGUCACUACAGAAGGGGAGAGCAAUAACUACAUCAAUGCGGCUCUCGCUGACAGUUUCCACCGGCAGGCUGCCUUCAUUGUGACCCCUCACCCUUUGCCUGGAACCACAGCAGAUUUUUGGAGGCUGGUUUUCGACUAUGGUUGCACAGCAGUCGUCAUGCUCAACCAACUCAACCAGUCAAACUCACCAUGGCCAUGUGUGCAAUACUGGCCUGAGCCCGGUUUACAGCAGUACGGACCCAUGGAGGUGGAGUUUCUGUCCAUGUCGGCUGAUGAAGAUGUUAUUACCCGGCUGUUUAGGGUCAAGAACGUCACCAGGCUCCAGGAAGGCCAGCUUGUGGUGUGUCAGUUCCAGUUCCUUCGCUGGUCCGCGUAUCGGGACGUUCCCGACUCCAAGAAGGCUUUCCUCAGCCUGCUGGCUCAAGUGCACAAGUGGCAAAGGGAGUGUGGAGAAGGGCGUACUGUUGUGCACUGCCUCAAUGGUGGGGGUCGUAGUGGGACCUUCUGUGCCUGCAACAUCCUCCUGGAGAUGAUCCAGUACCAGAACAUGGCGGACAUCUUUUAUGCUGUCAAAACUUUACGUAACUGUAAACCUAACAUGGUGGAGUCCCUGGACCAGUAUCGAUUCUGCUAUGACCUUGUCCUGGAGUACUUGGACUGCUUUGAAGACAGAUAGCAGCUAAAUGUUUAUGACAGCUGCAGCGGUUCCCUCCUACGUGGGAGAUGUGCUUUGGAGCCAACCGGUGUCCUCCCUUCGUCUUUAAAAUAUGGACCUCUGGACUCGGCCUUGAACUAACAGAAGGAAUGUUGAGGAGAAAAAAAAGGUUCUAACAUUUAACCUUUAAUGUAAAAUAGUUAUUUCCUUCUUGUUGGUGAUGUUUAUCUCCUUUUGAUAUAUCUGUUUCACCUGGUCUAUUUUGCCUCUUGGACUGAACCUCUUGUGCUAAAUACAACAUCCAGACCCUACCUUAAGGAACGUUUCCCAUGGCUGUGCGUCAUUUUUCUUCAAACAGGAUGGAGACUGGCUGGUUAUUCCAAAGCUGGAGCUGACUUACUCAAACUUGGGUAAAUAAUUUUUUUCCCAAUGGCUCUCUGCAAAAACAAUCCGUUGUGAUUGUGGCAUGACUUCUGUACAGUACCAUAAACUGCCUUAUUGUAUAAUGGUAACCAAAAAAAAAAAAGAAAUCUUUAAAUCUAAACAUGAAUUUUAAAACUUAUACUGCUGGAGAAAAGCUCAUUCAGAAUCCGAACUUAAAGUCUCCAUUCUCCAGAAUUAAGCAGCAUUGCAGAAUAAACUGUAUAGUAUUGCAGUGUGAUGUGUUUUGCCCUUACGUGUGUGCUGGAUUACCAUGUGUGCUUCAGCCGGGCAUUUCCAGGCAGCGCAGCAGGACUUCUGGUACCACGAAGAGAGAUUCAUGUCUCAUUACUCUCACAGUGCCAAUCCCACUGACUGACUGACUGACUUGAAUCCUUUUGCUUUGUUCUUCUACUUCAUCUCGAUGUAUGUCAACAAACAUGCAGCUGAACUGUAUCAUGCAAGUGAUUGUUUGUAUUUUAUAUACCCCCAUGCAAAAGAAAAAGGAUCAGCAGGAAACUGUGCUGAGCUGCCAUAGUGCUGAUGUGAAAACUGAUGUUCCAUGAAUACUGUGGUGAUGUGUCUUACCAGUGCAGCGUUACCUGGUUUUACUAUUUCGUUGUCUGAAUUAUUAGGUUAUUCUGUAAACUAUCAAAGCUAAAUCAGUUUCAAUUUGAACAUUUCAGGUGUGGGAAUUAGAGAUUUUUUGACAUGAAAUUAGUUGUUGUUAUUGUUGUUGAGUAAAUAUGUACUGUAUUAAUAAAGAGCUGCAUUAAGAUUGUGCAGAGGGAAACAACUUCUUAUCCAUCAGCGUUACUGGUGGAUUCCCAUCCUAUUUUUGGUAAGAAUAUGGUAAAGAAAAGGAAUAACUUCUGACUUCAGAAGCUGCUUCAUGGUUAUCAGAUACUGGGUAAAAAAAAAAAGAAAAAGAGUUAUAUAUAUUUUUCAGCUACAGGUCAAUGUUGCUGACAACCGGAUCUGUCUGCCUGCAUGAGGUCGGAAUAAGGAAUAUGGUUCAUCCUAUUAGUUGGCCCAACCAGCAACAUUUCUAAAUAUAACAGAAACUUUUUUUUUUCUUGGCAUGGGCUGGUUUCCUGUUUAAUUUAUUGCACUUUUUUUUAAUCAGAGACAAAACAGCUUUACACAUGUUUAAAAUAAUAAGACAUGUACUUACAGUAAUGUGCUUUAAGUUUAAUGAAGGGCCAGGUCUAAACGGGUAGGAAAAGAUAUUUACCUUACAAGACAUUUUUUACUUAAGGACAACAUCUUGGGUGCUGAUGACUUUACGUGAUAUUAUGAUCUCCUUUGUUUUUAUUGUUUGUCACAUCGUGACUUUUUUUUUUUUACAAUUUAUUUUGCUGUUUUUUUAGCUUCGACUGGACUUGUGAUUUCUAAACUGGGUCUGGUUAAAUUCUUAAAGAAAGGACUGAACUAUUUUAUUGUUAAAAUUUUAAUCUGUAUAUGUUCACUGCUUUAAAGUGUCUCUAUUUGAGGUAAGAUAGUCCGCUCCCUAUUUACAAGUCAGCUAAAGGUUUGGAUUUAGGAGCAUUUGUUUACAAUCCAAGUAAAAGAAAAGCAAUUAUUUGGCCCUAGAUUAUAAUCUGAUGAAUCAUCAAGAGACAGAAAGUCUUCUCAUUAUAUUUUAAAUAUAAAUACAUGACAAGACAUUUCUAGUACAUACAUCUAACAAUUUGAAAAACUGUAUAGAAUAUUUUCCUAUAACUAGAGCAGCAAUAGGAAUAGUCCCUUUGGCCUUUCAGAACUACAGUAGGGAAUUCAAAAGAGUAAAACUUUGUUAUAAAAAAGCUCUUUUUGGUGUAGCAUUAUGCACAUUUCAUCAGCAUUUAACAUUACUGUAUUUGAUGCUGCAAGAUCUUCUAACUUUAGCUGUUGCUUAUUAGCUUAUUUACAUUAUUCGUUAAGUAUUUUAAAUAAUCAAUCAAGUAGAUCAUCUGCAAUAUCCUCCAAUCUUAAAGGAUCUCCCAGACUGGUGCAAACUGACGCACAGCUGGAAUGAGCGGCCUCAUGCAAUUUUUGUACCCAAAAAAGUGAUAAAGUAUGUCAAGCUAAGGUGGAAAGGCCUGCACAAACAUAUUUCUAGCUUACAGUUUUAAGACAUUUACCUUAUAGUUUUCAGUAACACUAACUGAGUUUAGACAUAAACUUAGGUUUUUAAAUCCAAUACUGAUUUUAAAAAAGCAAAACUAUCCAAACACUCAUUUGUCAUUUUUCUGUUAUGUCUACGCCUUCUAAUACAUUUCAUGCAUAUUUCUUCUGAAUAGAUAUACAUUUCUUGGAAUACAUUUUUGUAGAGUUAUAAUGAUCAAUAGAUUAUAUUUUAGCAACAAAGCUGAAAAAAAUUUAGAUUGUUUAUGAGUAAUAAUAAUUAGAGUAUGCUUUACAUAUUUGCCUUCCUCAGUUUGAAACCAACCCAUGCCUACAUUAUAGAUCUUCUUUUCUAGAACAACUAAUAUAUACUACUUUGUAUUAUCACCACUUAAAGCGUGUUCUGCUCACCCAUCUCUUCUGAGAUAAAGGGGUUUCUUGGUGGAGGUGAAGACCCUGGCUGCAGGACCUUCCUUGAUAAGCAAAGAAAAAGCCAGAAGUUCAAUGAAGCUGAAAAAUGGCAGCUAUAGACAUACUCUGCUGAAAGUUUGCUGCUCACAGUCCACUUUAUUUUGGCGUGAGCGUGUGAAGGAUUGUUCACACAAACACACACACAUAAAGUAUUUUGAGUUUUGAUGAGAAGCUAAAGAGUAACAAUUAAUGAUCUGGCUCCAGACUUGCUGGAGAAAGUGCCUGGACACUUUUUUCCUUGAGAGUGGAAGGAAUAUGUACAUACAGAUGUAUAUUGUUCUGUGAAUACUAUGUGAAUAAUAUGUUAAAUGUCUGAUCUGAGUAAAGACAUUCAUUACGUAAGCACUGCAAACCCAUAAAGCAGAAUGUGCUGUAAAUGACCUUUCGUGAUCAUUUGGUUUUGUUGCUAGACAUCAAAGUUUGGGUGUUGAUCCCUGCACUCAUCAAAGCACACAUGAAUUAUUCAGCUUUUCAUUUCUGUUUAUUGAUUUCAGCCUAUCUUGCUCUGCAUAUGAUUUAUUUUACCCGCUGUGUGUGUGUAUUGUACUUAAACCAUUCCAAAGCUCUCUGGCUAUGGCUCCGACUGCCAUCAUAGCAUCCCUGAAAACCCAUGUUUAUACCUGUACGAAACAUACAUGACUACUGUGUUUUUGAACCAUUGUAAUUGUGGAGAAUAGGAGUUUGUUUAAGGGGACAUAUAGAGAUGGGGGGCAGAUGUAUAUCUUAGAAAGGAAUUCCCUGUGAUGGAUAUUGAUCAACAAUAAAACAGAAAU